UUUACUAUAAAUUCAAAGUAUCUGACACCAAAAAAUUCCAUCCAAUCCUUCCCUCCUUCUCCGUCUCACAUUCUAAUCUUGAGUUUUUUUGCCUUCCCACAAACUUUAAAAAGGAGCUUUCGGUUUUUAUUCUCUUAGAAAAAGAAAGAAAAUGGCCAACAAUCUGAUGCGUGCUGUUCAAUACAGUAAAUAUAACGGAGGAGUUGCUGAUCUCAAGCAUGCUGAAGUUCCGAUUCCCAGUCCAAAAAAGGAUGAAGUUCUGAUCAAAGUAGAGGCAGCUAGUAUUAACCCAAUCGACUGGAAAAUACAAGAGGGGGUAGCGCGCCCAUUUUUACCUCGCAAAUUCCCCCACAUUCCUGGUACUGAUGUAGCAGGAGAAAUCGUACAAGUUGGAUCAGGUGUCCAGAGUUUCAAAGUCGGGGAUAAAGUUGUUGCCGUACUUGGUAAUGGAGGUGCACUAGCUGAAUAUGCUGUGGCUAAGGAAGGUUCCACAGUUCCAAGGCCUCCAGAGGUAUCAGCCCCUGAAGCUGCAGCUUUGCCAAUUGCUGGCCUUGCAGCUCACCAGUCACUCACCCAGCUUGCUGGUCUCAAACUUGAUGGAAGCGGCCCACAAGUAAAUGUUCUGGUUACCGCUGCUUCAGGUGGUGUAGGUCAAUAUGCAGUUCAACUCCUAAAGCUUGCAAAUGCACACAUUACAGCCACUUGUGGGGCUCGUAAUAUGGAUUUAGUCAGGAGCUUGGGGGCUGAUGAGGUUCUUGACUACAAAACUCCUGAUGGGGUGGCUCUCAAGAGCCCCUCUGGUCGCAAAUACGAUGUGAUCAUCCACUGCGCACACAACAUUCCUUGGUCUACCUUUUCGGCUAACUUGACUCCGAAAGGAAAGGUAGUAAAUACCACCCCUGGUUUCGGUACUUUGAUGAGUGUUGCUGCGAAAAAGAUUAAAUGCUCGAAGAAGCAACUCUUACCCUUGUUCACCUCACCCAAGAAAGAGAACCUCGAUUUUCUUGUUAAGUUGGUGAAAGCAGGAAAGCUUAGGCCAAUAAUCGAUUCAAAGCAUCCUCUAAGUAAGGCAGAAAAUGCUUGGGCCAAGAGCAUUGAAGGCCAUGCUACGGGCAAGAUUCUUGUGGAGCCCUAGUUUAUGAAGAUUACUCGAUGCAUACAGUAAUUUUAUACUUUUUCAAUGAGUGGGGUUGCUUAUGAGUCAUUCGUAUAUUCACAUGUACUCUGUAUUUUGAACAAUACAAAUCUUGGUGUGUGAGUUGCUUUUUUCGUCAUAUGUUGUGUUGAAUGUAAUAUAUUUGAGCAUUGUGUUUUGUUCGAUUUCUUUUUCUUUUUUGGUUUAAUGUAAUUCGAAUUGUAGAUGAUCCUAUGGAUAAUUGGAUUUUGUUUGUGAA